GCGGCGUACGCGUUCCGUGUGAUAAAUUUUAUAUGAAAAAAAUGUUAGAAUUUUAUACAAAUAUCAAUUCGGGAUUGAUGCAGGAUGGCAUGCAGCCUCCGCUCUCGUGUGCCGGAAGAACAGAACUAAGCGCGAGCAUCAAGAGGGAGAAGAUAGUUGAAAUAUGCGAAGGCUGUGGUCAGAAAAUCCAAGAUCGUUAUCUCAUGAGAGUGGGAGAACUUUCUUGGCACGAACAUUGCCUCAGCUGUUGCGUCUGCGGCUGUCCGUUGGCACACACCUGCUACACCAGAAAUGCAAAACUCUACUGCAAACCCGAUUACGAUAGAUUAUUCGGAGUCAAAUGCACCAGAUGCGGCGAUAGGCUUCUUCCGCAAGAAAUGGUCAUGAGAGCUCAACAAUAUGUGUUUCAUAUACAAUGCUUCGUGUGCGUUAUGUGCUGUCAACCCCUGCAAAAAGGAGAACAAUACGUUGUCAGAGCUGGCCAAAUCUUUUGUAGACAAGACUUUGAAAAGGAAAUGUAUUUGAUGCAACAUGCCGAAGAUGAUAUGAUAAUAGACGAUUCAGAACGGCCUAGGGACGGACGGCGUGGGCCAAAACGCCCAAGAACGAUUUUAACCUCAGCUCAGCGCAGGCAAUUUAAAGCCUCCUUCGAAGUGAGUCCUAAGCCUUGUCGAAAAGUACGUGAAGCUUUAGCCAAAGACACCGGCUUGAGUGUUCGAGUUGUACAAGUUUGGUUCCAAAAUCAACGAGCCAAGAUGAAAAAGAUACAACGUAAAGCGAAGCAGGAAGGAGACAAAAACGCCGAUAAAGAUAAAGAUAAGGAUGAGAAGAGUAUCAAACAAGAAUCGCCAUCCAGUGAGCAUGGCAACUAUCUCGGGCUUGACGCUUCUUACUCUGCAUCCAGCCAACCUCUUAACCCCAACCUACCUUAUUCUCCUGAUGAUUAUCCAGCUCAUUCUGGAGAUAGCUUCUGCAGUUCAGAUAUAUCUCUAGAUGGAAGCAAUUUCGAUCAACUUGACGAAGGUGCAUCUGACACAAUGAGCCUCCAGAAUUUGGAGGUGAAUCAUCACGGUCACAAUCAUUCGAACCAUGGCAAUCAUGAACCUCUUAAUCUUGGUACGGGUGCCGUCGUAAAUCCAAUAGACAAGCUUUACCUGAUGCAGAAUUCCUACUUUAGUACAGAACAUUGAUUAAGCGAAACCCGCGCAAGCCGUAAUAAUGCUGCUAUGCGCUUGGGGUCCUUUAAGGGUGACCAUACAGUUAAGUCCACGUCCACUGCCACCAGUCACACGAUUACCGAUACGAAUUCAUUUAACUCGUUCUUUGAUUUUAGCCCUUUUACAAUGUCUUAAUUACUUAUUUUAGUCUUUCUUACAAACGUACCAGAUUCGUUCGGGAAUGUUUUGUUACGCUUAUUAUCAGAAUAAAACAUUUGAAGUAAUUAGAACGUUUACGAAAGCAAAUAUCUUUAAUUAUAUUAGGAAUUGUGUGUCUUUAUCGUAAUAAUUUAGAUCCUACGCAACCCUUUGUAGAUAUUUGACGACUCUUAUUUCGUCAUAUUUGUAUGUAUCGUGUAAUUAACGCAUUGUGGUAGGUAUUUAACUGUUAAAAAUUUCGUACGUAUUCUAAUCAAAUACAAAUACAUAGUUUUAUUUAUACAUCGCAAUAGAUUUAGUAAAACUGUGUGUGUGUAUGUAUAAUGUAAAAAGGUUUUUGGCCAACAAUGUAUGACUGUAGAAACUAAGAAACCUCUCGGUGGACUUAACUUAAAUUGUAAAUAUAAAACUUAGAACUUAUAGAUCCGUGUCUAUUUUAUAGUAUCUUGUGAAGAUAAAAUUAAUUAAGGCGUAAUCUAGUCCUAAAACCUGAAGUAAUGUUGCGAUAAUAAUUCAAAUGUAUGGAGAAAUUUUAUUUCCAAACUAAAUAUAAAUUCAUUCAUCCCAACUAUAAUAUCAAGAAAAUUAUCAUAUAAUGCAAUAAGUUUUAGUCUAAAAAAAUUAGCGUUGCUAGCUUUAUAUGAAAUAGUAAAGUAUCAUGUUUAGCAUUUUUUCUGUUUAUAGGAAACUCUAGAAAAUAACUCUUUUACAGAUUAUGUAGUCUAACCUACUAUUGAUUUAAACUGACCUGUUGAAAGAAAACAUUUACUAAAAGUUUCUAUUCACAAUAAUAUUUAACAAUAAAGCUUUAACGAACACAAAGUUAUUUAACACAUUUAUUGAUAUUGUUCACAUCACACUCAGACCCGAUAAAUUAGAAUGAAAGGUUUAUGUGCGAAAUGAAAUACUGAAAACAAUGCGAUAUUCAUUCUUGCACAAAAUUCAACUUUAAAUCGCCUUUACAACUUAAAAAUUCCGUGGUUGUACCUACCUACUUCGACGUAUUCGAUCAAUAUUAACUAAAAUACUGGUAAAUCAACAAUUACCGACUGAUAAAAAGAAUUGUUUUGUGUAGAGAGUAGUAGUCAUUAGUAGCAACCUUUUUUGGAACAUGUCAAUAAGACAAUUAUCGAUAACGGAAUUAGAACAACCUUUAGUAGAUCCACCACACCAAAAUCAAAAUGUGAGCAAGGAUUAGGAGGAGCAACCACCUUUUUGACGUAUCAAAGAUGCUAUUAGCAUUGCACCACGCACGGCCAUGGAUAUGAAAUUGUAUCUAAAUUUGUAUAGUUCUCGUAUGUUGGCAAGUCGUUAGAUGCGCAGGUAUCUUUUGGGACUUUCACAACUAAAACUAUGCGCGAACCCUUCCCCACCCCGCAAAUUUCAAAUUAUGUGUAUUAUAUUUAAACCUUGUAGAAUAUAUUAUAGGUACAAGUAUAAAUGUAGAUACUAUAGUCGUAAUCGGCAUAUUUUCAUGUGUCGUCUCUAGUCAAAAAUAUACGGUUUAGAUAUAAGAAUGCAACAAAAUUUAUUGUUA